UGAUACAGCGCGGCGCGGAGCGUGAUCUCCGCGUCACUGCAGACAGAUAUGGCGGUGUCUGGCUGUGUGUGACAGCUUAGCAUCAGGUUAGCUUGGGAACACAGCUCCGGACAGACUCCGCUGCCCGCCGCCGCUUCAGGAUGGGCUCCCGAAUCAGGGAGAGCCCUGUGUCCCCCUUCGAGGUGUAUGUGGAGGUGGCCCACCCAGGCCCACUCAGCGCCGGGCCAGAGGUGCGGAGACAGUAUCCUGAGGACUACACAGAGCAGGAGACACUUCAGACUGUGCCCAAGUUCUGCUUCCCGUUUAGCAUGGACAGUCUGACAGUUAACCAGGUGGGUCAGAACUUUACCUUUGUGUUGACCGACAUCGAGAGCAAACAGAGAUUUGGCUUCUGUCGCCUCUCCUCCGGAGCUCACACCUGCUACUGCAUCCUCAGCUACCUGCCCUGGUUUGAAGUCUUCUACAAGCUGCUGAAUGUCCUCGCAGACUACACCAUCAAAGGCCAGGAAAGCCAGUGGCAGGAGUUCCUGGUGACCCUGCAUACGCUGCCUGUCCCCGAGCCCGGCGUCCCGGUUCAUCUGGGCGUGCACUCCUUCUUCACUGUGCCUGACAUCAGGGAACUGCCCACCAUACCUGAGAAUAGAAACCUAACCGAGUACUUUGUAGCAGUAGAUGUCAAUAACAUGCUUCAUCUGUACGCUAGUAUGCUUUAUGAACGUCGAAUCCUCAUCUGCUGUAGCAAACUAAGCACUUUAACAGCGUGUGUCCAUGGCUCCACAGCCAUGCUGUAUCCCAUGCACUGGCAGCAUGUGUACAUCCCUGUCCUGCCGCCGCAUCUGCUGGACUACUGCUGCGCCCCCAUGCCCUACCUGAUCGGAGUCCAUUCCAGUCUGAUGGAGAAGGUUCGAGGCAUGGCUCUGGAUGAUGUGGUGCUGCUGAACGUGGACACCAACACCCUGGAAAGCCCCUACGAUGACCUGCAGAGCCUGCCCAGCGACGUGGUCUCCUCUCUCAAGAGUCGUCUGAGGAAGGUUUCUACAACCACCGGGGACGGCGUGGCCCGAGCCUUCCUCCGCAGCCAGGCGGCGCUGUUUGGCAGCUACAGGAACGCUCUGCAGAUCGAGCCGGGAGAGCCAAUCACAUUCAACGAGGAAACCUUUGUGAACCACCGAUCCAACGCCAUGAGACCGUUCCUCCAGAACGCCAUCCAGCUGCAGCUCUUCAAACAGUUCAUUGACGGGCGCUUAGACCUGUUGAACUCCGGAGAGGGUUUCAGUGACGUCUUUGAGGAGGAGAUCAACAUGGGCGAGUAUGCAGGCAGUGACAGGACAUACCACCAGUGGCUGUUCACUGUGAAGAAAGGAGGCGGGGCUAUCUUCAACACGGUGAAGACCAAGGCCAACCCAGCCAUGAAGACCGUGUACAAGUUUGCCAAGGACCACGCCAAGAUGCGCAUCAAGGAAGUCAAGAGCCGGCUAAAGCAGAAGGAGCAGGCAGAAAACGGCUUCUCCACAGUGAGCUCAGCGGUUGCCUACGACGACAACACAGCCAGCAGUGCGCUCAGGAGGGAGGGGCCUCUGCAAGCCCUGGACGACCACCGGCCAAUCACUGUGCACUUCGGACAGGCUCGGCCCCCUACGCUGCUGAAGAGACCGAGCAGCAACGUGAGUCUGGAGAGCAGCGCGGACCACUCUAUGCGUCCUACUCGCCACUACACCGUCUUUCUGUCGGAGGAUUCGUCCGGAGACGAGCUCCAGUACGACGAGGACUCCAUCUCUGGCUUUCCUGACAGCUUUCUCUUCUCCGUCCCGUUUGAGUGGUCGCCUCUGCCACAGCCAUACCGCUCCCUAAAGGAGGUCCAGUUGAUGGAAGGGGACGAUCAUGGUUUUGGGGCAGAAAGUCACACUGCCCCUCCCAGCCCAGUAAAUGACAAGUUCUCCAAUGUCCACCUGCUGGGCGACAUCUUCGGCUGCCAGGACGAGCCUGACAGCCAACCAAUCACCUCGGCUAAAAGCCUGGAGGACCUGAGGACUCCCAAAGACUCAGAGGAGCUCCAAACCAAGUUCACUUACCAGCGGAUGGACCUGAGUGUCGGUGAACACUCACGAACUCUUCCAGGCCUCAAGCUGUCCAACCCUUACAACAAGCUGUGGAGUUUAGGCCAGGACCAGAGCUCCUGGUCCAUCUGUGUCCCUCCUGCCUGCGACAGACCCUCGCCUGUCCAGCCUUCCCACUCUCCGAGCCGGGAAAGCUCUGGAUCGGGCCCCGAACCUUUGGACUCUUUGGACCCUUCCACCCCCGGUAACAUCACCAUUCCGCGUCCCCACGGAAGAAAGACGCCCGAGCUUGGUACUGCGCUAGCCCCCCCCGCGGCCCAGUCACGCUCUAAAACAGCCGGUAUGGCUGACGGAAGGACUACAUCAGGGGGACAGGAGUUCAGGCAAGCCCUGAGCAUGAGCACCGACGGAGAGGUGCUGAAGCCCAGCAGGACGGCUGAGGACAGUCUAGAUCUGAUCAGCCUCCUGGACCCCCUCAACAGCUCAGCGGCCAGCUGUUCCACUUCAUUGAGUGACGGGCUAGAAAUUAGGCUGUCGUCAUCUUCCUGCAGACCAACGCUAGCCCCCAGGUCUUACCCUCAGGUCCUGCCUCCUUUCCCACUGCACCAACCCCACAUAUCACUCAACCCUUUUGCCCCCCAGUCUCUGCAGCACCCGUCCCCUCAGAUGCAUUACUCCCCGACUGUAAGUGGCAAUCCUUUCAGUGUGGUCUACGGGCCUGCACCAGGCUCUUACCACACACAGUCUUAUUCUACACUACCAGGGCUCUACAGACAGCAUUCACCAGGCACUUCCACUCUACCACCCAACUAUGGACUGCUGCAGCCAGCCUUCCCCCCACCAGCCCCCUCCAUGCCUCACUUCUCUGCCAGCAAUCACGCUCUGUCCAGUCUAGCAGACUCCUCUUCUGUACCCAGUCACGCUGGGAACGUUCUGGCAAAGCCACUUCAUGCCGAGGGGGACAACCAGAAGACUCAGGAUCCUUUUGGGGAUCUGCUGACUAUGGCCAAGCCAGCUACACCCCAAAAAAAGAAGGUGGAGGACCUUCGGAGGAGGUGGGAAACCUUUGACUAAACCCUGUGACUAUAUACUGAGGUGCUCCUCUCUGUCCCAAGCCUAUCUCCCUUCACUACUGAAUCAGGACCUUCUACUGCAUUUAAUACUGCAUUUAAUACUGCAUUUAAUACUGCAUUAGCUGUCAGACAUGCUGCUCCGCUUAUGCAACUCACAAUGGUAGAAGAAUAAAAUAAGUAAGUGAACAUGAACUAAUCAGCCUUGCAUUAUUUCCCCUGCACGAUAGCAUUAAAGCUACUUUGUUGACUGACGUCUUGAUUUCAACAACGUGACGUAAUGAAGUGUGUUUGUGUUAGUUGCUGACCCCAGUGGUUGAUACAGGUGUCCUUUCACUGGCCAGUUCCACAAAUAAUAAAAAGCUUUUAUUACAAAAACACAGUUUGUUAGUGGUACGUAAUCAAUGGACAUUACUGUUUUUGAUUUCUGAAUUCUGUUUCAUGGUGAAGCGGUUUUCUUCUACUCUUGUGUGUGUGCAUAUGCAUCAGAAAUGAUAUGAUUUACUGUGACAUAAGGUCCUGUCCCCCCCCCCCCCCCCCCCCCCCCCAUCCACCCCACUUUCAUCUGCUGACCAAUGCCAAAGAGGAGUUUGAACUGUGUUGUCUGCCCAAAACCUGCACCUGUCCAAGAACACCUGAAUUUGGAUAUUUUGUGUUUGAUUUUCCCCCUCCUGACAGCCAGCCUCGCUCCAGCCUGUUCAGAGGCCACGCGUUAGCACAUUGCUUCCAAAGUUCUUUCCACAGUAACCUUGUGUCGUCGGGCUUUAUGGCAGCACGUUAGCGUAGUGCUCAGUAUAGAUUUGUGACUUUAAAUAUAGCAUGCAGUGUUUCCUGAAAGAGAAUAGAAGUCACACUCACAACAUCACAUGUCUUAAUGAUGUCCCCUUCUACAGGUAGCUAGUCUGCUAGUUCAUUACCAUCCCAUUGGCAUUAUGCUACUGUAGCUACAGUGUGGGGAAUCUGGUCACACAGGUCCUUCCCCUGUACGUGUUUCUUGAAGAUGUCCAGUAUUUUAGUUGAGUUAGUUCGGCGUCCCUUGGCUUCUCUCACUGACUGUGAACAUGUGCUGCCUCAUUCUGUUUUCUAAAGAAGCUUUGGAAGACAAGCUGUAAGCCUCCAAAAGCCUGGAUGUCCCUAAAUGAUUUGAAGCAUUUCUUUUUGACUAAAUAAUAAAUAAUUAUAUAUGU